UCGAAUCAAUCCAGAAUCAAUAUGAAAUUCUUCUCCGUCGUCACCGUCUUCGUACUCGGUCUGCUGGCUGUGGCCAACGCUGUUCCACUGUCGCCCGAUCCAGGAAACGUGAUCAUCAACGGCGACUGCAAGUACUGCAAUGUGCGCGGUGGAAGGUAGGAAGAUUAUUGUCCAAGGAUCGAGAAAUCUUCAAGCUGAGACACAAUAGUUAUAACCAUUUAUGCUAACGUCACACAUAGAAUUUAUAAUGCCAAAAAAACAAAUAGAUGAAAAGAAAGGAAUUUACUUCCUUU